AGUAGUAGUAGUAGUAGUAGUAGUAGUAGUAGUAGUAGUAGUAGUAGUAGUAGUAGUAGUAGUAGUAGUAGUAGUAGUAGUAGUAGUAGUAGUAGUAGUAGUAGUAGUAGUAGUAGUAGUAGUAGUAGUAGUAGUAGUAGUAGUAGUAGUAGUAGUAGUAGUAGUAGUAGUAGUAGUAGUAGUAGUAGUAGUAGUAGUAGUAGUAGUAGUAGUAGUAGUAGUAGUAGUAGUAGUAGUAGUAGUAGUAGUAGUAGUAGUAGUAGUAGUAGUAGUAGUAGUAGUAGUAGUAGUAGUAGUAGUAGUAGUAGUAGUAGUAGUAGUAGUAGUAGUAGUAGUAGUAGUAGUAGUAGUAGUAGUAGUAGUAGUAGUAGUAGUAGUAGUAGUAGUAGUAGUAGUAGUAGUAGUAGUAGUAGUAGUAGUAGUAGUAGUAGUAGUAGUAGUAGUAGUAGUAGUAGUAGUAGUAGUAGUAGUAGUAGUAGUAGUAGUAGUAGUAGUAGUAGUAGUAGUAGUAGUAGUAGUAGUAGUAGUAGUAGUAGUAGUAGUAGUAGUAGUAGUAGUAGUAGUAGUAGUAGUAGUAGUAGUAGUAGUAGUAGUAGUAGUAGUAGUAGUAGUAGUAGUAGUAGUAGUAGUAGUAGUAGUAGUAGUAGUAGUAGU